CCAUUAUGUGGUGCACUGUCCUUCUUCACAACACACCGGCUUGUAGGUGCCAUGACAUCCAUAAGACAGAGACGAUGCCAUCCAUCAUGAUGUUUACAGCCUGGAUGAUCUGACCAAGCCACCUCUACCAUGUUGUCAGGAUUUGUUGCUGCACGUCACUUCCUAAAGUGGAAGUCUUGCAAUAAAUCAACCCUUGACAUACAUUGUUGUUCAUCUUAUGCAAAACGGUGGUUUCUAGGACAUACCGUCCAGAGGAAAGCUCAUAGAUGGACAAGAGUACCCUCAUCAAGGAUUAACCGGGGGCCAGUAUUUACUGCAGCUUUGACAUUUGGAGACAAAUCAGCCAUAAUAGAUAGUAGCGGCAGCCACAGCUACAAGCAACUUUAUGCCAGCAGCUUGGGACUUGCAAGGACAAUCAACUCCACACUUAACUCUGACUUUGGGUGCCUGGAAGGGAAACGGAUCUCCUUUCUGUGCGCUAAUGAUGCUUCCUAUACGGUGGCCCAGUGGGCUACUUGGAUGAGCGGUGGCACGGCGGUUCCGCUUUUCAGAAAACACCCACCGCCUGAACUGGAGUACAUCGUCACAGACUCCCAGAGUGCACUGCUGCUGGCGGGACACCCCUAUGCUGAGAACUUGGAGCCCCUGGCACAAAGGCUGGGUUUGCCUUGCAUCAAACUUCCGCCUACUUCCAACCUCAGCGCUUUAAACGAAGGUGACACCCAAGACAUGAAAGAGGUCAGAUCAAAGAGUGCUGAUGGACCAGCCAUGAUCAUCUACACCAGUGGUACUACAGGAAGGCCGAAGGGUGUUCUCCAUACGCACAGCAGCAUCCAAGCCAUGGUCCAGUGUCUGGUCUCUGAGUGGGCGUGGUCCAAAAACGACAUCAUCCUCCACACACUCCCACUCCACCAUGUGCACGGCAUCGUCAACAAACUUCUGUGCCCACUCUGGGUCGGCGCCACCUGUGUCAUGCUGCCCGAAUUCCAACCUCAAAAGGUAUGGGAGAUGCUGCUGAGCUCCAAAGCUCCACUGGUUAAUGUCUUCAUGGCCGUGCCAACUAUCUACUCUAAACUCAUUAACUACUAUGAUCAGCACUUCACACAGCCUCAUGUCAAGGACUUUGUCAAAGCCGUGUGCAGAGAGAGGAUCAGGCUCAUGGUCUCUGGCUCUGCUGCUCUGCCGCUGCCCACUCUGCAACGCUGGGAGGAGAUCACGGGACACACGCUGCUCGAGCGCUACGGCAUGACGGAGAUUGGCAUGGCACUGUCCAACCCUCUGAAGGGCCAACGCAUCCCAGGAGCUGUUGGGUCGCCACUGCCAAGUGUGGAAGUGCGGAUUGUGAUGAAUAACACAAACACCACAAUUGUUGAGGGAAACCACAGAAAGACGCAGAUAAGGCCAGGUCUAGAGGGGAAGGAAGGCGAGCUCCUGGUCCGUGGUCCAUCUGUCUUUAAGGAGUACUGGAACAAACCUCAAGAGACCAAAGAGUCUUUUACUGAUGACGGCUGGUUCAAAACAGGAGACACCGCAGUAUUUCGGGACGGGGCGUAUUGGAUCUUGGGCCGUACCAGCGUUGACAUCAUCAAGAGUGGUGGCUACAAGAUCAGCGCCCUCGAGGUGGAGCGCCACCUGCUGGCUCAUCCAGACAUCACAGAUGUCGCCGUGAUCGGGGCGCCAGAUGCGACUUGGGGUCAAAAGGUCACUGCCGUGGUUCAACUGAAAGAAGGCCAAAGUCUCACCUUGCCUGACUUGAAAGCCUGGGGAAGGAAGCACAUGGCGCCCUACGCCAUCCCCACGGACCUGCUGCUGGUGGACGAGAUACCGAGGAACCAAAUGGGCAAGGUCAACAAGAAGGACCUCCUGAGACACUUCUUCCCCACUGCAAAAACUGAAAUCUAACUGUGGUUUCACAGGUGUGACAAGAGCCUGGAGGCAGAUUCUUUAGCACCACAGCUGGAUGCCCAACACUUCAUCUCACUAACCCUCUCGCUCUGCAGGCUCUCCUC